GCCAUGUCUGGCCGUGGCAAGAGCGGCGGUAAGGCCCGAGCGAAGGCCAAAUCUCGCUCGUCCCGGGCCGGGCUGCAGUUCCCCGUCGGGCGCGUUCACCGGCUGCUGCGGCGCGGGCACUACGCGGAGCGGGUGGGGGCCGGCGCCCCCGUUUACCUCGCCGCCGUGCUGGAGUACCUGACGGCCGAGAUCCUGGAGCUGGCGGGCAACGCGGCCCGCGACAACAAGAAGACGCGCAUCAUCCCCCGUCACCUCCAGCUCGCCGUCCGCAACGACGAGGAGCUCAACAAGCUGCUGGGCGGCGUCACCAUCGCUCAGGGCGGCGUCCUGCCCAACAUCCAGGCCGUGCUGCUGCCCAAGAAGACCAGCGGCGGCGGCGGCGCGGGCCCCAGCAAGGCCGGCAAGAAGGGCGGCGGGCAGCAGUCGCAGGAGUACUAAGCCGGCCGGUCCCCCCGGCACCACACAAAGGCCCUUUUCAGGGCCACCCCCAUUGCUCAGCGGGAGAGCUGCG